CGAGUUGACAAGAUUAGCCGAAAUACCCGUGUAAAUGUGAAGUUCAUCGCUUUCUAACUCAAGCUAAGUUUUUGUCUGUAUAAAAAUCCUUUAAUUGCAUUGUAGUUUCGGGUAAUCUCGAUUCAAAAAGUGCAGAUCACUAAAAUUUAAACCAAAGCCAAUAUCUUGCAGAACUAAACAAAACAAGAGAUGGAAGAUAUAGCAAAUGAACCUGAAAGGCGAAGAAACAAAUGGAAAACGGAGACCAUCAAAUGCAUUCUGGAAAUAUGGAAGGAAUAUUUAUACAAAAUGGUACUCGAGGGAAAGUCCGCCCAGAUAUUUGAACAGAUGUCUACCGAAAUGGAAAAUUUUGGUUACAAUUUUAGUUCAAGAGAGAUCAGCGCAAAGCUAAGCCAAUUAACAAAUACAUACAGGAUUGAAAGAAGGAAAAUUAAAAAUGGCCCAUUUGUUAAGAGUGAUUGGCCAUUUUACAAAGCUUUAGAUUUCUUGGUUGGCAAUAGCAGAGUGUAUCAAUGGGAUGACUUGAUGGAAGAUAUUGAAGAUCAAGAGGAUGAAGAAUCGUCUGAAAGUGAUGGUGCUGCACAAAUGGAAGAUGGUGUCAUCGAUCUUGAAAGUGAAGAAGGUUCUGUAAAAGUAUCUACAUCUAAUAAGAUUUUUAAGAAUCCUUCCUUAGAAAUGCAAGUUUCUUCGGAAGAGAGUGAAAACGAAACUUCACCAAAACAAAAUCCAUUUGUACCCAAUCUACAAGCUGGUAUGUCUGCACUGCAGAAAUCAGUAAACAAUCUACAAAAUGACAAAGCUAGGAUACAAAAUUUGACUGCGGCAAAAUUGGAACUCAUUGAAUUGCAAAAGGCCAGUAUUAAAAAAGAAAUGGAAUAUCGAAGGGCCGAAUUCCAGCAAAGAACCGAAGAGUUUCAGCUUCGCAUGAAGCAGAUGAAGGAAGAACAUGAAUGGCGCAUGACUGAUAUACGCUCUAAGAUGGAAAAGGAAUAUUUAUAGACUUAGCCUAGAAAUUAAUUAAA